AUGCAUAUUCCCGUAGACCCGACCACCCCGAGACGGUUCACGCCGCCUUCCACGUCGUUCUCCUGCAGCAAGAUUGGCGACAGUAGCGGGAGCAUGGCCACCCCCGGACCGCUGAGGACACGACCGGAGACGCGGUCUGUGGUGGACGUUUUGGCAGAUCACGCCGGCGAGCUGGUGCGAACAGACAGCCCCAACUUUCUGUGUUCGGUGCUCCCCUCCCACUGGCGGUGCAACAAAACCCUGCCGGUUGCUUUCAAGGUGGUCGCCCUAGGUGAUGUUCCAGACGGUACACUGGUCACGGUGAUGGCGGGCAAUGAUGAAAACUACUCCGCGGAGCUGAGGAACGCAUCUGCAGUAAUGAAAAAUCAGGUUGCUCGAUUCAACGACCUGCGGUUCGUGGGCAGAAGCGGACGAGGAAAAAGCUUCACCUUGACCAUCACUGUAUUCACCGGACCCCCUCAAGUCGCAACCUAUCAUCGGGCCAUCAAAGUGACCGUUGACGGACCGCGCGAACCAAGACGGCACAGGGUGAAGCUGGAGGACCCUCAGAAGAUGCAGUUUUCAGAGCGUCUCAGCGAGAUCGAGCGUUUUCAGAGGGAGCGACUCAGAAUGAGCACCGGCAACGGCACUCCACGCCCUGCUCACCAAAGCCACUUCAGCCCCACCACCUCCUCUCAGAUCCCAGGAUUGUGGCCAGACCAAAUGGACCCACCAACUCUAAAAACAUGCAAAGUGGAAGAAGAUCUGCGCUGGUCAGAGACAGACUUGUUCUCUCAGAGGCCCUCCUUCCCCUCCCUCUCACCGCUCACGGCACCGCGGUUUUCGGACUCGGUGCAUUACCCAGGCCCUUUCACCUACUCACCCAACCCCUCGGGCACGGGCAUCGGCGGUCUGAGCAUGUCUGCAUCCACGCGCUACCACACCUACCUUCCUCCGCCUUAUCCCGGUAACCAAAACCAGAGCUCCCACUUCCAGGCCAACUCUUCACCCUACCACCUGUACUACGGCACCGGUUCCGGCUCUUACCAGUUCUCCAUGGUGUCCGCAGGAGGCGGGGGAGCGGGGACGGGAGGCGAACGCUCCCCCACCCGCAUGCUGUCGUCCUGCACCGCGGCCGGCGCCGGAUCCGGAACGGCCAACAACAGCCUGAUGAACGCCAGCCUGGGUAGCCAAAGCGACGGGGUGGAUGCUGACGGCAGCCAUAGCAACUCACCGACCACCAUGAGCGCAUCAGGACGCAUGGACGAGUCCGUGUGGAGACCCUACUGA